ACCGUUGUAGAGUAUUAGACCUGUGUCUCUGUGAUUUAUGGCUCCACCAUGCGGCAGAAACUACACGUAGGCCUUCUGUGGAGAUAUUUAACAUAAGACAGAUGUCUGACUCUACCAUUGAAUCGGAUUUGCUAGCCAAAUACCAAACACUUUGUUUACUGUAUAUUAUUUGAUGCCUGUAAAAUUAGUGUGUGUGUGGCAAAUACAGGCAUACAAAAAAGAAACGUGCUGAUGAUGAUAGUGAUGACAUGAUAAUUAGAAAACAUCAAAUUUUCCUUCAUAACACGUACAUUGUUUUUUCUUAUAAAUCACACAAAAGCCACCGCGACCGAAUAUGCCUAUACAUACGUUUUUAAAAUUUUGAAACCUCUUCCAUGCCACCCAUAUUUUUGAUAAAAAUUAAAUACAGCGUUCAAAAUAGCUAUAUCUCCUGAUUCACAUUGAUUCUUAGAUCUUAGAAAAACUAAGGGUCCUUAAUAAACACUGGUCAAGAGUUUGACUGAAGUCUUUGAAGGAAAAUGCUUGACCAACAUAAAAAUGGUGUGAAACCUAAAACAACAUGUGGAGAAGCAACAAGGUAUGAUUAUAGCUCAUAAAGCAAGCAAUUAAAAGCUUAGUGCAAAUCAAGUUAUAGUGACACCUAAAGAAUGUGAGUCUGGUGUAACCUCAGUUCUCCUGUCUCAAUAGUACUUAGACAAUACUAAUACAACAUAUUUUCCUCAGUCUGUAAUAAAGCAAAGGCGUCUUUGCUGUUUUCAUCAUUUGCGGAGCCUAAAAGUUAUCUUUGCCCUUGACUGUUUUUUUCUCAUGUCAUAGUUCAACUGAACAAUAAUAAUAAUAAAAUAAUUGAAUGUAAUAAUAUAAAUUACAAUGAUCAAUGCAAAGCAAACAAUCAAUGAAAUUCACAUAUUAAAAGAAUAAAGGACGCAGAUAUGUAUCACUGAGUGACGUAUCAUCCCAGCAUAUACGAUCUUUGACAGCAGUGAGUCGAGGGGACGUCGCUUUGACGAUCUUAGCCGACUUGUACCGAAGUGUGCCGCCAGCCGGCACAGCUGGUCUCGGUGAACGGGCUCCCGACGCAGUCUUCCACCCGCUCUUUGUCCGCGAUCAUCAGACGGACGACGCGUUUCCCUUUAAGACGAUGUCGGACACAAUUAUGCCUCAUUUAAUUAUUUCGCGUAAUGUCGCCAGGCGAGACCCCAGGACUGGACCGGCACCUUAAAGGGGAGUCCUGAUCCGCUCGGCUCCAAGUGACGAACAGGAGCCCAGUGUCCUUGCUCGUGUCGACCGCAGCUCCGGUGUUUAUCAGAGGCGGCAGCUCGUCUCCGGGACAGACAUGUCUUUUCAUUCAGCGGAGGAGACGCGGUGAAGCUGCUCCGUGCUCCGUCUCCCCCUCGCUCAGCUCCGCGAUGUGUUGGAUGUUUGGGAAAGACAGCGGCCAGUAGCAUUUCUUGCCGGCCAUUUGACAGACAGCUUUUUUUUUUUUAAAGGAGAAAAAAGGAGCUCUCCCACGUCUCUCCCCCGCUGCCCGGGGAGCCACUUCCACCUUUAACCUUCUCUCAUGAUGAUAUCCCCGGACUCUCCCCCUCUGGUCUCUCCUUCCCCAUGUCCUCCUCCCCCUCCGUCCCUCCCUUCCUCCCCAGUCCCCUCCUCCCCGGCCCCUUCGUCCUCCUCCCUCCCCGCCCCGCCCUUGCUGCUUCCCACGGGGGAGGUGAUGGUGAUGGCUCUGGGCAGGAAGAAGCAGAGGGUCCUGAUUGCUCUCUCCAUCCUGCCCAACCUCUUCCUGGCCUUCCUGCUCUCCUCCGACCCCCUCAUCACCCUAUCUUCGCCCCACCACUGCCACCUGCCGGGCCCCCUACCGUCAGCUGAAGUGCUGAACGCCUCCCUGCCCUGGGAGAAGGGGGUGAGGCCCGGGGACGGUGGGGGCCUGUCCCAGUGUAAGCAGUAUGUCAACGGCAGCCAUUCAGCUGUGGUGGACUGCGAAGCCGGCUGGGACUACAACGUCACAGAAGGGCUGAGGAAGAACAUCGCUACUGAGUGGGAUCUGGUGUGUGGUCAGUACUGGCUGGUCCCCGUGGAGGAGGUGUGUUUCAUCCUGGGCAUCCUGACUGGCUGCCUCGGCCUGGGCUUCACCGCCGACAGACUGGGCCGCUCCAAGACUCUGCUGGCCUCCCUGACCCUGUCGGUGGUGUUCGGGGUGCUGGUGUGUGUCUCUCCGUACCCCUCCAUCUUCAUCGUCAUGCGUUUCUGUCUGGCGGCAGCUAGUGCGGGAGUCUACCUCACUCUGUACAUCACUCGUCUGGAGCUGUGCGAACCCUCUCUGAGGCUGCUGGUGACCAUGCUGGCCGGGCUGACGACUUUCGCUGGAGAGCUGCUGCUGCUGGCCAUCGCCCUGGGCUGCCAGUCCUGGAGGGGCCUGCUGGGAGCCGGCGCCGCCCCACUAACACUUUUCCUCAGUUAUGUCAUUCCAGGGCUGUUUCCAGAGUCUCCACGCUGGCUGCUUCUGUCAGAGAGAUCAGCGGACAUGAACUCCUUCACUGAGAGGAGAAACUCCAACAGAGAUGUGAGGGACGACGAGAGCUUCACAGAGCUGGAUUCAGAGCCGGCCCCCUCUUCACGCCCCCACCUGUCCUUCCCCGAGCUCGUCCACAGCACGAACAUCUGGAAGAACAUGUGUGUGCUCGGCUUCACCUCAUUCAUCGCUCACGGCAUUAGUCACUGUUACAGCUCUUUCCGAGGUGAUGUCAGAGGCACAGCCCCGAGCUUCUAUUGGACGUACCUGCUGUCUGUGUGCGCAGGGGGCGGUGCCUGGCUGUUGCUCUGGGCGACUGUAAACAGGUUCGGCCGUCGUGGCAUCCUGCUCCUCUCCAUGACGAUGACGGGGCUGGCCUCUUUGAUCCUCCUGGGACUCAUGGAGUAUCUCAGUGAGACGGCCAUCACAGUUUUCUCGGUGCUGGGUCUCUUCUCCUCCCAGGCCACCGCCUCCCUCUGCAUCCUCUUCACUGCAGAGAUCAUGCCCACCGUCAUCAGGGGCACUGCUGUGGGCACGGUGCUGGCCCUGGGCUGCGUGGGCCGCCUCAGCUCCCCGCUCAUGGACCUGAGGAACCACUACGGCUACUUCCUGCACCACGUGGUUUACUCCUCCCUGGCCCUGUUGGCGGUGCUUUCCAUCCUCAUGCUGCCCGAGAGCAAGAGGAAGCCGCUGCCCCAGACGCUGGCCGACGGGGAGCAGUACAGACGGCCCCCGUUGGGCAGGAGGAGGAGGGACAAUGUGCCCCUGCUGGCCACACCCAACCCAGAGACCUAAAAGAUCCCCGAAAGAGUGAGAUGGACUCCGCACAAGUCACCCACUUUGCAGCCAGAACAUUCUCAUCCAUCAUGUUCAUGCAGAGGAACGGAAAGGCCGAGAGACACAGAGGAAAGGGCUGCAGCGCGACGAAGGACGGCGAUGAACAUGACCAACAAAGCGUCUUGAGUCAUUCCAAACGCAGGCGGCUGGGUCGAUCUCCCGUUUCCCUCUGUUUCCUGCCAUUGAGAUGUUUGUAGAUCCGACACACAAUGCUCACAGAUUCAUGUCAUUCAUCGUCAUCUCCUGACCAGAUGGCAGGUGCCCCCCCCCCCACACAUCAUGUGACACACCAGCAUACUGCUGCACGCUGCCCCCCCCGUCUGCCCCCCCUCCGUCUGUCGUAGAGAUGAGAGUAGUCGCAAAUUAUUCCAGCGUAGAGCGUUUUUUCGUCGCGUUUGCUGUGUGCGACAACACUGGAAGAGCUCGGAAGUGUGCAGCAAUAGAAGCAAUGUCAGCUUCAUAUAUUUAACUGUGACACUCAUGAUGAACGUCUCCCACGUGGCACUCCUCACAGGGAUGGACCACAGUUCUCGAACACAGUUCGGGUGCCUUGUAAAUACUCUAGUGUUGGUUUCUUUAACUUCUGGGGGCAUCUUGAGUUUUGAUAAAGCAGAGCCUGUGGCUGCAAACUGUGCAGUGCGGAACGCUAAUGCAGCGGCGAAGAGGUGCAGAGCUCUUUGGAACAUUCUCAUGAAAGAAGAUCAUUUGGUGGAUAAUUUGACCCAAAUCUUAAAACUUAAGAGACAGUUUUAGGGGCGUGAACCAACUGAUAACAAUAUUUGGAUCAGAAGCUAAAAACAUCACCAAAAAAAGGCCUUCAAAUAGAAAGGUGUCCAUGUUCAAACUCUGUAAAUCAAGUCAAUUGAUCUGGCCUGGAGCCAGCAAUAUGUAUGUCUUAUUUAUGUUGUUAUUAAGCAUAAUCGAUAAAUUAUCCAGAGGCCUCGCAUUUUAAAGCAUCACGCUAAAUAUUGUGAAACUAGAUUGAGACGGAUGUGACUCUGAUCCAGCAUUCCUAUCUGCAUGUUUGAAGGGCUUUUUGUAUUCAUUAUUUCCCCCAGAAGCUUAUAGUUACUCUUCUAAUACCUCUAGAUGACCACUCUCAGUUGUAAGACAAUAGACGGGUACGAAUAAACUACAGUAGAUCUUUACAUGGUGACUUGUAUACCCAGGCACAUAUACAUAUAAUAAUGUUUUGUCUGUACUGAAAUGUGGAAGUUUAUAAAGAGGUUGCUUGUCGUUUUGCCUGAAUGAGCAUCGAUGCUGGAGACCGGCCCGGUGCUCACGCCCCCUGAGGUCUGACUGGGAGCUGAAGAGGCCCUCAGAGCUCCAGACGAAGCCCCAAACCCUCCACCAUGCACCCAGGAGACAUUUCUGUUUUCUUUAUUCUGAGCUGGCUGAUGCCGUGUUGCAUUUGGUUAAAUCAAGAAGGAGAAUGAACAAAGCGUGGUGGUUUCAGUGCUUCAAAAGAAUCCCUGUGUACGUCGGCGUGCUCGGGUACUUUGUUUGACACUUUUCCUGGGUGCGUGGCGUUAAGAGGAAGCGGGAGGUGUUUCUUUGGGACUGUUGGCGUUCAGGACGGAGGACGCUCACUUGUGCUCACGGCUUCUUCCUCCGUCAGCCUUCGGUAGUUUUUUUGACUGUAUGUUGCACUCAACAAGUCCUAACAGUUAUACACUGAUAGUUAUGAUCACGAUGAUUAACUUGUCUGGAGUAGUAUUAUGUCUGACACUGAUGAGCUGUUCAAUGACGAUGCAGUGAACUAUAUAGCCUGAUUUAAUGUCAAAUAAAACCGGUUCAACAAACAAGA